UUUAUCAACUUUUAUUUAAAACCUUUUUUGGAUUGUGGUUAUCUAAAUUAUUUGUUUUUGUAUUUAGAUAACAUUCUUGGCCAGAUUUCUUGUGCAAAUGGGCAACUCACAUAACAUGCCGCCCCCACCUCCACCACAUGGACCUCAUCACGGGCCGCCCCAUCAUGGGCCACCGCAUCAGGGGCCACCCCAUGCCGGACCAUAUCACGGGCCACCCCAUCACGGUCCACCCCAUCACGGGCCACCUCAUCACCACGGACCUCACCAUCACGGCCCACCGCAUUACGGCCCAGUGCAUCACGGACCGCCCCAUCACGGACCGCCCCAUCACCAUGGACCACACCAUCACGGACCCCCUGGCCCGCCUGGACCACAUUGGUAGGGAUCCGAUAGGUCCUAAUGGAUCCCGCCUAUUCUUUUAUAGAAAUUUUAAUCUUAAGAACAUAUAAAUGGAAGUGAUAUUCCAAUAAAGUCGUAUCCUAGCUACGUAUUGUGAAAGUUUUCUUUUUAAUUACGUAAGUUAAUCGCUGACUUCACGGUGAAUUAAGAUCCAAGGAAUAUAGAUAAAAAUGUUAAUGUUGUUUUAAAUUAAACUCGGAACAGUUGCUGUAGGUAAUUUAAUUAAAGGCCAGUUAAGAUUCAACUAUUACUUUAUUCCAAGCAACUCAGAUGAUCUGUUGAAGUAUUUUAUAUUGAUUUUAAUAAAAAUUGUCUACGUCUAGAGAA